AUGUCCCCUAACACUUCCACUGUGACGGGCUCGGUCGCCCUGGGAUUGGUCGCCCUUGAUAGUAUCAAAGCAGUCAAAAGUAUUGCCGAUCGCAUUCUCCGACGCCAAUAUGAUGAAGCCAGUCUAGCAAUUACUGCUUAUCGUGACGAAGAUGGCGAGGCUACUGAGGAAUCACUCCGCGCCUUUUCAGACAAAUGGCAACGCGUUUCAAUAGCAGUGUUCUCCAUAACUGGUCUAUCGACCUCCUUGGCACUCUCAAUUCUCUCAACUAUAAGCGGCGAUCUAAACGAUCCGCUAGCUAACUGGCUACAGUUUGCGAUUUGGGUCUUACUUUCAAUCCAAGGAAUUGCUUUUUUCACGGAACCGCGUCCAACUAUACGAUUCCAACUGGGUCAAUUCGCCUUCGCAGGAAGCAUCAUCUCUAUUGCUGUAGCGGGCUUUGAAAUUCAACAAGCAUGGGUUUCUCAAGAUGGUCUUCUCCAAAAUCGUACAUGGAUAGGCCUGGUGGGUGCGAACAUCAGCAGUGCUCUCCUGCGCGCGAUAUUCAGUAUCCUUCUACCGCGUCGCCCAAAUAUCUUCUUCGAGGGCCAAGCAGUAGAUAAAGAGCUAACAGUUUCGACUGCUGGUCUCUACUGCUUCGUAUGGGCCAGUGAUCUCCUAGACUUUACAAUCGGCCACAGGAAUCUGGAAUUGACUGAUCUACCUAAGCUACGAGCUGAUAAGCGUGCACACCGUCUUCGCGAGAAUUUUGAACGCGCGAAAGGAAAUGCCAAACUUUGGAGGGGCAUUAUGAUUGCGCACUGGCGCACUUUCGUGCUCCAGUUUUGUUUGGUCUCGGUCAUGGCGUUCCUGACAUUUGGACCACAAGUUGCGCUUUUCAACAUCCUCAACUCCCUAGAGGGUCGGGGAAGUGAGGGAUGGUCAUCUCAGCGAUCAUGGACUUGGGUCAUCCUACUGGGAGUCUUUAUGGCCUUCUAUUCGUUCAUCGAGGCAUGGCUUUUCUGGUGUGUUUGGUCCAGGCUUGCGAUCCCCAUUUACGCGGAACUUACGGCUGUGGUGUUCGCCAAAUCGAUGCGCCGAAAGGAUGCCAAGGACUCGAAAAAGUCCAAGGAAAAGGACGAAACACAAGCUCCUGCAAAGGCGUUGCUACCCGAAGAUAAGAAAGACGAGGAAGAAGAUGAGGAGGAGGAUAUGAAGAAGAGUCGCCAAAGUAUUGUCAAUCUUGCAGCCGUGGAUGCCCGCCGUAUUUCCGAUGUCGCCUCCUUCCUCUAUUUGAUCCCAAGUGCCUGUUUCAAGAUUUUUAUUGGAUGCCUCUUCUUAAUCCGAAUUCUCGGAUGGCAAAGCGCUCUUGCUGGUCUCUCGAUCUCUAUCUUGAUUGCGCCGAUUAAUAUUGCUAUUACCAAGCGAUACACGAGCGCACAAGACAAACUCAUGAAACAUCGGGAUCAGAAAAUGGCCAUUGUAACUGAAGUCCUCCAGGGUAUUCGUCAAGUAAAAUUCUCUGCCUUGGAGGGACAGUGGCAGAAGAAGAUCGGACUGGUCCGAGAAAGCGAGCUGGGUGCGCUGUGGACUUCCUUCUUCUAUGACGUUUUUCUCAUGGCAAUUUGGAUUCUUGGUCCUAUCGCUUUCUCAUGCGUAUCUUUGACAGUCUAUGCCCUUAUCCACGGCGAGCUAUCCGCUUCAGUUGCAUUCACAGCCAUGUCUGUUUUCGGUUCUCUGGAGAUGGCACUAGCCAUUUUACCAGAAAUCAUCACCAACCUGCUGGAAGCUAUUGUCAGUGCGGACCGUAUUGAUGAGUACAUGGCCGCCUCGGAAAAGGUUGUCAACACCCUCCCUGGAGAUAGUAUCUCCUUUGAGGAUGCCUCUGUGGCAUGGCCCGCAGAGCAUCACCCUGGAGAGAAAGAAGAUGAGGAGGAGCGAUUCCAGCUGCGUGAUCUGAACUUUGACUUACCGAAGAAGGGCCUCAGUGUGAUUUCUGGCCGUACUGGAUCUGGAAAGAGUCUUCUUCUGGCUUCUAUCCUUGGUGAAUGUGAUGUCUUGGAAGGUACUGUGAAAGUGCCUGUCCCGCCCGCUCUUAAAGAUCGUUUUGAUCACUUGGCUACAAGUGCCAACUGGAUUAUCGACGAUGCGAUUGCAUACGUUGCACAGAUCCCUUGGAUUGAGAACGCAACUAUCAAAGCGAACAUUCUGUUUGGAUUGCCAUAUAAUGAGUCUCGCUAUCACAAAGUGUUGUUCGCCUGUGCGCUGGAAAAGGACUUGGAAAUGCUCCCUGAUGGUGAACUGACUGAUAUUGGUGCGAACGGUGUCAACCUCAGUGGUGGUCAGCGCUGGCGUGUGUCAUUCGCCCGCGCAUUGUACUCUCGGGCUGGAGUUCUCGUCAUGGAUGACAUUUUCAGUGCUUUGGAUGCACACACUGGUCGACAUGUCUACGAAAAUGCCCUGACAGGCGAACUCGGUCAAGGUCGCACUCGUGUUCUUGUUACCCAUCACGUUGCCCUUGUUCUUCCCCUAACAGAUUAUUCUGUGCUCUUGGAGAAUGGCCGUGUGAAAUAUGCCGGCACAAUUGACGACCUUCGGAAAUCUAAUCACCUGGAGGACAUUCUUCGCGAGGAACAAGCUGCAGAGGAAUUGGACAAAAAGAUUCCUGACGACCAAAAGGAUGCUAAUGAUAUUGAUGGAGGAACACUCCAAAAGGUCAUCUCGAACGCGUCACACCGACGCCAGAGCAAUGCAGCCAAUGGAAAUGCUACUGCGCCACCGAAAGAUGCUCCCAAGAAAUUUAUCAAAGAUGAGGCAAAAGAAAAGGGAUCUGUCCGACUCACUGUGUACAAAACCUACUUCGGAAUGGGUGGCCGCCCUCUUACUUGGGCUGUGACAAUCUCGAUCUACGUUUCUUAUGCUAUACUAAUGGUUGGACGAUCAUGGUGGAUCAGUGUCUGGACCGGUUCUUCCGCCAAUACGCAUGCCAAUCCCGAAACAACCCAAGUGAUGCUCCAAUACUCUAUGAUGCAGACAAAUAUGUCUGCUGCAACCCAGGCCAAUGGCCAGCUCGGCAUGUACCUCGGCGUAUAUAUGGGCAUCUCCGUUGUGGCAUGCCUGAUCGGAACCGUUCGAUACUAUUGCAUCCUAUCUGCCAGCAUUCGCGCCUCGAGAAAUCUUUUCAACUCCCUCGUGUUUGCUGUGUUACGUGCUCCGCUCCGCUGGCUGGAUACCGUCCCAUUGGGCCGAAUUCUGAACCGUUUCACAGGAGACUUCCACGUUAUCGAUUCGCGACUGGGAUACGAAUUAGGUUUCCUAUUGGCCGAGACUUUGGAAGUCUUUGGUAUCAUCGUCGCAGGUAUCCUCGUCUCCCCACUUGUCCUCAUUCUCGCGGCUGGUCUCCUUUUGAUAUGUCUUCGGCUGUCUUUGACCUUCCUCACCGGUGCUCGUGAAGCCAAGCGUCUGGAAAGUACCGCUAAAAGUCCCGUCUUGGAGCAGUUCGGAUCUAGCUUGGCUGGGUUAAUUACCAUUCGCGCUUUCAGCAAGAGUGGUGCUUUCAUCGAAAUCAUGUAUGACAAGAUCAAUGCCCAUGCUCAGUCUUGGUGGACGGUGUGGCUGUUCAAUCGCUGGCUAGGAAUUCGCAUGAACGUCGUUGGUGCAGUCUUUUCCACUCUCACCGCAGCACUUGUGAUCUCUCUUCCCGGCAUGUCAGCGUCCAUGGCAGGUUUCGCUUUAAGUUUUGCCUUGCAAUGCAAUUCAGCAAUUGCAUUUGCCCUGCGCCAAUACUCCAAUAUUGAACUUAACAUGAACGCUACCGAGCGCGUGAUUGAGUACUCCAACAUCGAGCUUGAGAACCAAGGUGGUGUGGAUGCACCAGCUGCUUGGCCUACCGAGGGACGUCUUGAAGUCGACGACCUGGUUGUGGGCUAUGCGCCAGAUCUUCCGCCCGUACUCAACGGGCUCAGCUUCACCGUCGAGAAGAACCAACGAGUGGGUGUGGUCGGCCGUACAGGUGCUGGUAAAUCGUCUCUCACGUUGGCGCUAUUCCGCUUCCUUGAGGCCCGCCAGGGCACGAUCUCCAUCGAUGGUCUGGAUGUUUCUAAGAUCAAGCUACACGAUCUCCGUAGCCGGCUUGCUAUCAUCCCUCAAGAUCCUGUCCUCUUCUCGGGCACUGUGCGAACCAACUUGGAUCCGUUCGAGGAGUACAGUGAUACUGAGCUAAACGAUGCCCUGGCUCGUGUACACCUGGUUUCUGGGUCGGAUAAUGAGGCGACUCUCACCUCCCAGAACGCGUCAGGCAGCUCUACGCCGGACACCGCUACUGUUACGGUCCAAGCAAGCAAUUCGAACAUCUUCUCGUCGCUGUCAGCGCCAAUCUCCGAGGGAGGUCUCAAUCUCUCGCAGGGUCAGCGACAGCUCCUCUGUCUCGCCCGUGCGAUUGUCGCUCGUCCCAAGAUCAUGGUCCUGGACGAGGCUACUUCGGCAGUGGACAUGGAGACCGAUGCACAGAUUCAGCAAUCCAUCCGGGCCGAAUUUGGCCGUAAUGCAACUACCCUGCUUGUCAUUGCGCAUCGUCUGAGCACCAUUGCUGACUUUGAUCGGAUUCUCGUGCUGGAUGCCGGCAAGGCGGUUGAGUUUGCUUCACCCCAGGAGCUGAUGGGCAUUGAGAACGGAGUGUUCAAGAGUCUGGUGGAAAAUAGCGGCGAGAAGGCCGUUUUAGAAAGUAUGAUUUUUGGUCAGGGGUAG